AUGUAUAUGCGUGAAUUCGUCGCGGAUGUCAAUCAAAUGUUCGAAAAUGCCAAAAAAUACAAUCCGCCCGAUCAUGCGAUCUUCAAAUGCGCCGAAUCGAUGCAACAAGUUUUUGAGCGAAAAUUGCGCGAAAUUCGCUUGGAAAUGACGAAAAUCCAUCAAAAUGACGCGAAUUUUAUGCGAAAUCGCCUGAAUUCUGAAAGUCAUCAUACUUUGGAAGGAAGUUUGGAUAUUGAAGCUGAUCAAUUGUUACCAAUUGGACCCAAUGCUUUUGAAUAUGAGGAUUAUUUGGCGAAUUUUGGCGAAAAAUGA